CAGUUGACCAUGUGGGUGUCCAGUGAUGUAACCAUUAUGCCAUCUGCUGGUCCCAAUGUUUGAACUUUUGACUGUAUAGAGGUUGAAUUGGGAAAUGAGUCUCACUGGCUGGAGAUCCUGCCUUGAUUCCCAGGAGAGUAGGGUCCUUGCUCUCUGUCCUUUCAUGCAGGGUCUGCUCUGAUUGGCCUGGACCCAGGCUGGAGUGACCCAGAGAGAGCAAAGGCCAAGAGAGGGAAGUUACCCUCCUCUUGUGCCAAGGCCUCGCACCAGAAACUGCCCCACACACCCAGGACUGCAGGACUCUGGGCCGCCCCAGCUGCCUGUCCUAGAGGCCACAUGCUGAGCGAGCUGUGGGUGUUGGCGGGGUGGAACACUAGGCUGCAGGAAGCUCAGACUCAGAGGGUGUCAGUCUGGGAAGGGAGAAAGCUUAGAUCACAGAUGUGGGCGCUCUGGCUUGGUCAGGGCAGACGCUGGGGUGGUUUCCACUGACCAGAGCAGGAUGGAUCCCAGGGUGCCCCUGAGGCAAGGGAGCUGGGAUACUGGGGUAUGGGGUCUGUUCCUGCUUCAGAUGUUUUCUCUGAGCAUUCGUUUAAAGGGCACAAAGUGGAGGAGAGCCUUUUCAUCUGUAGCCUGGCUCUGGCUCUCUCUUGUGAAGCCCCCACAUCUUCUGCAGUCCCCUAAAUGGAAACUUCUCCUUUCCUCCCAAGACCACCCACAGGGCUGAGCAAGUGGAACUGGUUGUGGGAGACAUAUGGGGUCACUUCAGACUCUGGCGACAGAAGAGAGGAGGCUGUGCAUAGGAGCUGCAUGCAAGCAGAACAAGCCCAGGGGCUCCAGGCCUGGCCAGAGAAAGAAGCCAGUCAAGGCUCCUUUCUGCCCUGCCAUAUAAAGAUGAGGUCGCUACCCCAGAACCUCUUCCUUGGUCUUCUGAUCUGGCUGUUCUCUGCAUACUCCCCGGAGGGACUCUUCUGACUCCACCCAAUCACCACGUGAAGUCCUCAGGUACAACCCUUCCAGCCUGGUCCCCGGAAUGGCACUCCCCCCUAGUCCCUUGGCCAUGGAAUAUGUCAAUGACUUUGACUUGAUGAAGUUUGAGGUAAAGCAGGAGCCCUCUGAGGCACAAUCUGGCCCCCCCACAGCCUCACUGGGCUCCACACCUUACAGCUCAGUGCCUCCUUCACCCACCUUAAGCGAACCAGGCAUGGUAGGGGUCACUGAGGGCCCCCAGCCGGGCCUGGAGGAGCUGUACUGGCUGGCCACCCUGCAGCAGCAGCUGGGGACUGGGGAGAGCCUGGACCUGAGUCCUGAAGAGGCCGUGGAGCUCUUGCAGGGCUCAGUUCCUGUUGAGGGACCCCAGGGAUAUUACCCAGGAAGCCCAGAGGAGACAGGAAUCCAGCAUGCCCAGCUGGCCCAGCGGUUUUCGGACGCAGCGCUGGUAUCCAUGUCUGUGCGGGAGCUAAACCGGCAGCUGCGGGGCUGCGGGCGCGACGAGGCGCUGCGGCUGAAGCAGAGGCGCCGCACGCUGAAGAACCGCGGAUACGCGCAGGCCUGUCGCUCCAAGCGGCUGCAGCAGCGGCGCGGGUUGGAGGCUGAGCGCGCCCGCCUGGCCACUCAAUUGGACGCGCUGCGGGCCGAGGUGGCCCACCUGGCCCAGGAGCGCGACCUUUACAAGGCUCGCUGUGACCGCCUGACUUCGAGCGGCCCAGGGUCCGGGGUACAUGCCCACCUCUUCCUCUGAUCCGCUGGGGGCCGCGGGAUGGUGGAGGAGGUGGGUGGAGGGGCAGCGGGGAACCACCAGGAGGCGGUUGUACCAUUCACUGGAUAGUUACCAAGAGCCUUCUGGUCCCAGGCACUCCCUGUACGACCACACAAGUAUUCUCAAACUUCUUGGACCCAUAAGGCAUGCCCGAAUUUAGAUGCCAAUCAUUUUCUGGGAGAGGGAGCCCUUGCCUUUACACAGGCCAUCACAGAAACCUAGGCCACAUGACUAGCACACUCAGUUCUUUAAGGACUGGUGCCUGGUGCCAGGCACAGGUGGAGGUGGGGGUGGGGUGGAGAUGUGAGUGAUGGCUAGGUGACAAUGAACCGGAGAUGAGGGAUGGCACAGCUCCCCCCUCAGUUUAGUUUUUAAUUCAAGGUUUUCAGCCUGUAGUGUAUUAAGGAUGUAAUUGGCAAUGAAGCUGUAUAUUGAUUCUGAGGCUUGUAACCUCUUCAUUUUAGGACUAUUGCAUUUUCAAGACUUCAAUUAUAGCAGCGAGGCAGACUUGGACAUCAAUCCAAGAUGCUUUUCCCCUACCCAACCCGGUGGCCCCCUGGGCUUAGAAAAGCAAACGCUUGAGGAGUGAGCUCUGGAGGUGGUUGGUGUGGGCUGGGACAGAGCCCUGGGCAAGAGUGGAGCCCCAGGCACUAGUCCUAGCUCUGCCAUGGGAUCCCUCUGUCACCUUGAGCAAAUCGAUUGCUCCCUGGGCUUCAGUUAUUUCACCUACUCCUUAUUCGGAUUGAAUGACUCCUGACACCAUUCCAGUUCUGGCAUCUGCCCAGUGUGGGAGUCCUGUUGGCCUCCCCAAGCACCCCCCCCCAAGAUGACCUCAUCAGAGGGCCCUCCUGUCCUGGCUGCAGCUUGGGCGGCCAAUGAGCCCAGGUGAGGAAACGUGUUUUUUUCUGCAUGCAGGCAUGCUUGUAAACACGCAAACACACACACACACACACACACACACACACACACACACGUUCUCUCUGGGUUGCCUCUGCCUCCAGACCUACCUCCUCCUGCCUCUCUGAGAGUCGAGGUGAGACUUCUCAGGAUGACAAGGAGUUGAGAGUGUAGCUUUUGUGAAUUAAACUUGAGGUCCAGGAGGAACCUUAAUGCCAUUGGCUAAGUGUUCUUGCAAUUUAAGAAAGGUCUAUUCUUUAUCCCUGCUUCAGGCUACUGUUCUGUGUCUAUGUGUGGGAGAGGGAGAGAGAGAAACUGGGAAGUUCCCACCUGGAACUGAGAGGCACAGCUUGGUUCUGGGGGGCUAGUGAAAAUGGGGUGGAGGGGUAGAGAUUGGGCCAAAUGGAGCCUUCCCCUCCCACCACCGCCAUCACCACCACCACCGCAAAGCUCAGGAGUAGCAGUAGUGGCCCAGCUAGAUCUGCCAGUGGCUAUGAGGUCUCACAGUUGCUAUGGUAACCCAGCCUUCCAGUUCAGUGGCCUCAGGGGAGGGCGGUGGGGCCUCUGGGCAGAGCA